AUGAAGAAAGCAGAGCUGGUUUUUGUUCCUGCUCCAGGCAUAGGUCACCUUGUUCCCACAUGCAAGUUUGCAGUGAACUUGCUCAAUCUUGAUGAACAACUAUGUAUAACCAUGAUCAUCAUUAGGCCUCAGGCGCCAUUUGAUGUUGGCAUAGAUGCAUACAUUCAAAGAUUCUCCUCAAAUACUGCUGUUGAUCAUCGGAUCAGAUUCAUCAAACUUCCUCAAGUUGCACUACCACCCUUAGAAGAGUUUACAAAGUCUAUGGAGAAUUUCUUCUCUCUUCUCAUAUCAAGCUAUAAACCCCUCGUCAAAGAUGCUAUUAUCAACAACAAACACUCCAACACGAAAAUAGUUGGGUUAGUCAUCGAUAUGUUCUGCAGUUCAAUGGUUGAUGUAGCAAAUGAACUUGGGAUUCCUCCCUAUAUUUUCUUCACUUCUGGUGCAGGUUUUCUUGGUUUUGUGCUUUACCUCUCUCUUUGGCAUAGCCAAAAUGGAAGGGAAUUUAGCCUCACAGAUACUGAUUUAGAUAUGCCAUCCUAUGCCAACUUAGUACCCUCAAAUGUCUUACCAACGUUUGCAUUCUAUAAGGAAGGUUACACAGCAUUCCUCAACCUUGGUGCCAGGUUCAAAGAAACCAAAGGAAUUCUUAUCAACACAUUUGCUGAACUUGAACCUCAUGCUGUGAAUUCAUUAGCAUCCCACCCUGAACUACCUCCAGUAUACACAAUAGGACCUCAUCUUGACCUUGCAGGGAAAAAGGGUAGGGAGGACAAUAAGGAAGAAAUCAUGAAAUGGCUAGAAGAUCAGCCACCAUCAUCUGUGCUAUUUCUGUGCUUUGGUAGCAUGGGAACUUUAGAGGUUCUACAGCUACAAGAGUUGGCAAAUGCCCUUGAACAAAGCGAGGUGAGGUUCUUGUGGUCAAUAAAAAUGCCCAUUGGUUCUGAAUAUGGCAAGUUUGAUGAGCUAUUGCCAGAAGGAUUCUUGAUUAGGACUAAAGACAGGGGAAUGGUGUGUGGUUGGGCACCACAAGUGCAUGUUUUGGCUCACAAAGCUACUGCUGGUUUUGUAUCUCAUUGUGGAUGGAACUCGACACUGGAGAGUUUAUGGCAUGGAGUUCCUAUGGCGACAUGGCCUCUACAUGGUGAGCAGCAGAUUAAUGCGUUUCAGAUGGUGAAGGAUCUUGAGCUGGCAGUGGAGCUGAGAAUGGAUUACAGGAUGGGGAAGAUCAGUGAUGGAGGAAUAUUGAGAGCAGAGGAGAUUGAGAAUGCUAUAAGAUGCAUAAUGGAUAGUGAAAAUCCAGUGAGGAAAAGAGUGAAAGAAAUGAGGGACAAAAGCAGGGAGGUCUUGAUGGAAGGUGGUUCUUCUUUUGUUUCUUUAAGACAUUUCCUCAAGACCAUUCUUGAUGGCUAG